GCUCUUAUUUUGGUCGGAGGUUUCGGUACCCGUCUGCGUCCCUUGACCUUGACGCUUCCCAAGCCGUUGGUGGAGUUCGCCAAUCGGCCCAUGAUCUUGCACCAGGUCGAAAGCUUGGCUGCUGCAGGUGUCACGGACAUCGUCCUGGCUGUCAACUACCGUCCCGAUGUCAUGGUUGCCGCUCUUAAAAAAUACGAGGAACAAUACAACGUCCGAAUUGAGUUCUCCGUGGAAUCCGAACCUCUGGGCACCGCCGGUCCCCUGAAGCUGGCCGAAAAGAUCUUGGGCAAGGACGACACACCAUUCUUCGUUCUGAACUCCGAUAUAAUCUGCGACUACCCCUUCAAGGAGCUUGCUGAGUUUCAUAAGAGCCAUGGUAACGAGGGUACCAUUGUCGUCACCAAGGUGGACGAGCCCUCCAAAUACGGUGUCGUCGUUCACAAGCCGAAUCACCCCAGCCGGAUCGAUCGGUUCGUCGAGAAGCCCGUUGAAUUCGUCGGCAACCGUAUCAAUGCCGGUAUCUAUAUCUUAAACCCCAGUGUGCUGAACCGCAUCGAGCUGCGCCCUACCUCUAUUGAGCAAGAGACCUUCCCCGCCAUUGUGAAGGAUGGCCAACUGCAUUCCUUUGACUUGGAGGGCUUUUGGAUGGAUGUUGGUCAGCCUAAGGACUUCCUUAGCGGAACCUGUCUCUACUUGACGUCCCUGGCGAAGCGCAAUUCCAAGCUGCUUGCCCCUAGCAGUGAGCCCUACGUCUACGGCGGAAACGUUAUGGUCGACCCAUCCGCCAAGAUUGGCAAGAACUGUCGCAUUGGCCCCAAUGUUGUCAUUGGUCCCAACGUUGUGAUCGGUGACGGUGUGCGCUUGCAGCGCUGUGUUCUCAUGGAGAACAGCAAGGUCAAGGAUCACGCAUGGGUCAAAUCUACCAUUGUCGGAUGGAACAGCUCUGUUGGUCGGUGGGCUCGUUUGGAAAAUGUCACAGUGCUUGGUGACGAUGUCACCAUCGCUGAUGAAGUUUACGUGAACGGUGGCUCGAUUCUGCCUCACAAGAGCAUCAAGCAGAACAUUGAUGUCCCUGCGAUUAUUAUGUAAAAGUCCCUCUUCACGUCGCCACGCCUCUACUCACCUCUAUAAAAUCCGCCCUUCUCCCCCGAUGCUCAGACGCGUUAGAAAUUCGUG